UUUAUAAAACCAGCCCAAGUGAAGAAAAAAGCUUUACAAAUGUUUUCUGACAUCAUGAACAUUUCUGGGUUCCUGCCCACUCUAGUCUGUGGACUUCUGCUGCUUCAGGAAUGCACCUGCUGGACAUACCACGCUUCAAGCGAAAAUAUGAACUACACAGAGGCAGAAAAAUGGUGCAAAACCAACUUUACGAACCUGGUUGCUAUUCAAACAAAGGAAGAAAUUGAAUACUUGAAUGCUAGCCUUGUUAAAAAUGCAAACUAUUACUGGAUCGGGCUGAGAAAAAUUAAUGAUCAGUGGAGAUGGGUAGGCACAAACAAGCCACUGGACAAAAAUGCUGAAAACUGGGCUGCAGGAGAACCAAAUGGCAAAAAACACAACGAGGACUGUGUCGAAAUCUACAUAAAACGAGUGAAGGAUUCAGGAAAGUGGAAUGAUGAACGUUGUGAUAAAAAAAAAGCAGCCUUGUGUUACACAGCCUCCUGUAAACCAGAUUCUUGCAGCGAGCAUGGUGAAUGUGUAGAGACCAUUAAUGAUUAUCAGUGCAUCUGUGAUGCUGGAUUCUAUGGGCGGGACUGUGAAUACGUGAGGAUUUGUGAGCCACUGAAAGAACCAGAUCAUGGGACCUUAGAGUGCAACAAGCUGGAGAAGGACUUCAUCUACAACACAUCUUGCCAAGUCCAGUGUGGGGAAGGUUACGAACCAACGAAGGAAGAAACAAUAUGGUGCACUUCUUCUGGAACAUGGUCUGCCCCCACCCCUAUGUGUAAAGCUGUGAAAUGUGAUGUGAUACCUCAGCCUGAAAACGGGAUUGUGAAUUGUUCACAUGCUGACACAGAAGUGAUCUUCAACGCAACCUGUCAGUUUGGUUGUGAGGAGGGCUAUACUUUGAGAGGAUCAUCCCAAAUCCAUUGCUCCUCCCAGGGAUAUUGGUCAGCACCGAUUCCUCGUUGUGAGGUGGUGAAAUGUGAUGCGGUACCUCAGCCUGCAAGCGGGUUUGUGAACUGUUCCCACGCUGAUACAGAACUGGUCUUCAACUCAGCCUGUCACUUUGGUUGUGAGGAGGGCUACACUUUGAUAGGAUCAUCCCAAAUCCAGUGUUCCUCCCGGGGAAACUGGUCAGCACCGAUUCCUCAUUGUGAAGUUACCAAGUGCAAAAGUCUGACAGCUCCAGAAAAGGGCUUCUUGAAUUGUUCCCACACAGAUUUUGCCUAUGGAACACUUUGUGAGGUCAGCUGUGCGGAUGGAUUGCUGUUGAACAGCUCCUACACACUUGAGUGUCUAGCUUCAGGAAACUGGACAGCAGAGCUUCCCAUGUGUGAAGGUAAAUGCCCCAACUCACUAAUAUCCUUGCCUGGGGUGCAUCUCAUGAGCCUCCUCGAAUGGGCUCCCCAGUCCCAGCAGAAUGUUGCGACAUACAUAACCAUUGCAACAACAGCCACGGGAGCCUCCAUGUUGUCAGUAGGAUCACUUCUUGCCUGGCUCGUAAAGCGCACUUGUAGAAAAGCAAAGAAAUUUGUUCCAGCCAGUAGUUGCCAGAGUCUUGCUUCAGAAGGCACUUUCCAAAUUUCUGAUCACCUGAUCUAAUCCCUUGAAAAAGAGAAUUUGAAGCUGUCUUCAUUAAUGCCUGGUGCAUUGGAGAAAGAAGAAUGAACUGCAAGGAAAAGUCACUUGUGGUAAUCAACAAGGAUAGACCUUACAUUCAGUAAAAGAAGAUGUAGAUCUCUUCAUCGAUGUCUGGUCACCUUCUCGGUGCAUGGCUU